AUGAGAAAGAGCGUGGAGCUGGACGAUAGCUCGCUGGUGGAAAUCUUCUCCAAGGUGGGCGAUGCGCGGCAGAUCGCCCAGUUCUCGCUGGUAUGCAAGCGAUGGCGAGAGCUGCGUUGGGCAGUCACCCGCCUCCACUUCGAUUUCACCGCGAGGGACAAGACGGCGUUGAGGAAGAAAGAAGACGCCAUCACCAGCGUGCUCCAGCGCACCAAGAAGAUAGCUCCUGGCUGCCUCAAGGAGCUCAAGGUCUCGCUCUCCUGCCUCAACCCAUCCGAAGCUACAGGCCACUGGCUCUUGUGGCCCGACUCUCUUACGGUUCUAGACCUCGAGGUGUGGGGCUGUCUUGAAUUGGGACCGGCCGUGUGGAGCUUGUUCUCGUGCUUCCGCAAGCUCGAGAGCUUCCGGAUGGCUGGAGACUUUUACAGUUCUAAAAGCCUCUUCGAUCAGUCGCCAUUUUCAAGCCUGCGAAGCUGCCAGUUUUGCAGAUCUGCAAGUGUGUCUCCCCAGAUCCUGGAGGCGCUCCUCGCGGCAUGCCCGACGCUGGAGUAUCUCAGCGUCACGGGCUUUGUGGACACCUCGAACGAUCUCACGCUCAAGAGCGCCAGCCUCGAGAGUUUCCAGUUCUCGGGGGAUUUCGAGGGCGACGAGGUUGGAGCGAGAACGAGAAAGUAUAGGAUUGGUCUUGACGCUCCGAAGCUUGGUGUCUUGAAAGUUGGCGGCUUGGCGGACGGAAUGUCUGUUGGGAUCUCACACCCCGAAAGCUUGCGUGAGCUCGAGCUCUCGUGCUAUGGAUCGUGUGUGGUCGAUAGCAAGCAGUUCUACAAUCUCAAGAGGCUGAAGAUCGCUGGGAACUGGGAGCAUGCUAGCGUCUUCCACGUCUUGAAUCUCACGCCCAUGAUCACCGAGCUAUCCUUUGAGAACACGGAGACCACCAAUGGGAUUGCCAUUCCAAUUGGCGAGAUUUUGAGCCCGCUUGUCAGCCUGGAAAGCAUCCAUUUCGAUGGCUUUUCUCUUAAGUGGUUUCAGGGUGAUGUAGAUCACUUCAAGUUUGAGACGCUCACCGUGCACGUCUGGGUGAAUGGCUUGGAACAGGCCCCGGAUCUUGAUGUUCUCGGUGACUUGCUUCGCGUGCACCAGAUUCGAAUGCUCGUGGUGCAUUACAUCCACGAGGACAUGAUCAAUCCGGUGUCGCGCUCCAUGAACAAACGCUACGUCUCGUGGCGUCUUCUCUUCGACCUCAUGCUGUCCUUCCCUUCUCGCAUCUCGUUAAAGAAGGAGUGAAAGCGUUGUGCACUAGUUGGAGGCGAUUACCCUGCUUCUUUCGUCCCAUGCAAGGUGCCCCUGAAGUGGCUGCGAGGAUGGUUAAGUCAUCAGCCAUCGAAGGAAAGUAUCCUCGGGCUUCAUCAGUGUGGAACACUAUGCUAAGGAGCACCAGAAUGUAGAGAUGUAUUGUGUUGAGACUUUUUAUGAGCAAUCCAUCUGCAUCUUCUCCAA